CAAUGUUAAUCCCUCUUCAGACAUACACCAUCAAAGGCUGACAUUCAUUACAUCCUGAAUUCCAUUUCACCCAUUCUUUGAAAGUUCAUUCAUCAAAUCUGUUGUAAGCCAUGAAAUAGUGGUAACUUAUUUGUCCAAAUACUUCACCAAAUGUGACUAACUCAGCCACUGACUUGUUUACAGGGAGAAGAGUGUGGAAGCCACAGUGGAUUCAGUCCAAUCCAGAUGCAGCCAGACUACUUGGAUGGUCAAGGUCAAGACAACUCAAGGUCAAUGCCCCAUUCACAACAUCAAGGACCAGACAUGGACAACUGUGAUUGGCCAAUCCAUGGACCAGAUCAACAUCAAGACACCAUUGAAGAUAAGUACCACAUCCAACUCAAUGUGGAUAAUCAAAGUAUAUACUUGGCCCACAACUACACAAAACAUCCUAUUGAAAUGAUUUGGCUCAAAUCAGAGAAACUAAUCGAGGAAGAAGAUGAUGAUGAUGAUGAUGAUGAAGAAGAAGAACAACAACAACAAUGUGGAGUAGAAGUUGAAGUGGGAAAUGGAGAAAGAAAGCAAGAAAGUGACACCUGUCUGCAGAUUGAAAGCAUCUAUUCCCUCUCCUCAGAUAGACUGAAUUCUGACACCUCUGUUCUUGAAACUGAAGAAGUUAAAGAGGAACAACAAUCUUUCAAAACAGACCAUUCAGAUACAUUGAUGCAAAUAGAAGAUAUUUCUUCUGAUGUAGUAUCUGAGAAUUAUGAAAGUGGAAGUGUAUCAUCUGGACUGUGUAUACCAUACCUUGAGGAACGAGAAGGUUCAAACUCCCAUAGGUCUGUUGAUGCAACUCCUGACACAACUUCUGGAAACACUAUGAUGGAAGAUUCUGAAACAAUUGGCAAUGAGGUGGACUUACUAAUCGAAAAUGCAAGGAAGAAUGUGAUUGAUGCAGCAAGUGAUAGUGAAUUAACAAUGUGUCAGUUGUGUGGUGAAUCAUUCAGCAGCACUAGAGAAUUGAAUCUUCAUAGUAGAAUACACACAUCUGGAAAACAUGCUUGCAAAUUCUGUAAUUACAAAACAACAAAUAAGUCAAGUUUCAUCCGUCAUCGAAGGACACACACAGGAGAAAGACCCUUUGGCUGUGAAUUGUGUGACCACAAAGCAACACGGAAAUCUGAUCUCAUCCAGCAUCUUCGGUCACACACAGGUGAAAGACCCUUCAGCUGUGAUUUGUGUGACUACAAAGCAACACGGAAAUCUGAUAUCAUCCAGCAUCUUAGGUCACACACUGGAGAAAGACCCUUUGGCUGUAAUUUGUGUGACUACAAAACAACACGGAAAUCACAUCUCACCAUUCAUCUAAGGACACACACAGGAGAUAGACCCUUCAGCUGUGAUUUGUGUGACUACAAAGCAAUACUGAAAUCACAUCUUAACAGACAUUUAAAGUCACACACAGGAGAAAGACCCUUCAGCUGUGAUUUGUGUGACUACAAAGCAACACAGAAAUCACAUCUCACCCAGCAUCUAAGGACACACACAGGAGAAAGACACUUCAGCUGUGAUUUGUGUGACUACAAAGCAACAAAUAAAUCAAAUCUUAUGAGACAUUUAAACUCACACACAGGAGAAAGACCCUUCAGCUGUGAUUUUUGUGACUACAAAGCAAAACGGAAAUCAGAACUUGUCACUCAUCUAAGGACACACACGGGAGAAAGACCCUUCAGCUGUGAUUUGUGUGACUACAAAACAAAAGUGAAAUCAAGUCUCGUCACUCAUCUAAAGACACACACAGGAGAGAGACCCUACAGCUGUGAUUUGUGUGACUACAAAGCAACACUGAAAUCAUAUCUCAUCCGUCAUCUAAGGACACACAUGUGAGAAAGACACUUCAGCUGUGAUUUGUGUGACCACAAAGCAGCAAAUAAAUCACAUCUGAUAAGAAGAUUGCAGUGAGGUGGACUUACUAAUCAAAAAUGCAAGGAAGAAUGUGAUUGAUGCAGCAAGUGAUAGUGAAUUAACAAAGUGUCAGUUGUGUGAUGAAGCAUUCAGCAGCACUAGAGAAUUGAAUCUUCAUUGUAAAAUACACACAGCUGGAAAACAUGCUUGCAAAUUCUGUAACUACAAAACAAAAUGGAAAUCAGAUCUCAUCACUCAUCUAGACACACUCGGGAGAAAGAUUCUGAUCACAGUUCAGAAGCAUUGCCCCAUUCUUUCUCCAUGUGCCUGUCAUUGGCUACCUCUCUUCAUGUACCUGUCAUUGACUACCUCUCGUCAUGUGCCUGUCGUUGGCUACCAUGGUGGUUUCUCAUUCAGCUUCAUUCUAUCCUCAGCUGCACAAAACAGUUCUGUGGUAUUUGAGGAAAACCAGACUUUCUCAUUUUUCAGACAUGAAAUUCUUCUUCUGUUGACCUCUCUGCUUCCUUGCAAUAUGCCUUGAAGGAUAUCAUAACAGUGAUGGUUAGGUUAGGUAUUUUGGGCAUUCAUUUUCAUAAUACAAUCCAAGCACUGCAACUUUCUCACUUGUAUACUAUUCAGCAGCUCUCAUUCUUGUAAGAAUUUUGGUACUAGUCACAUUAUCCAUCCAUGAAACCCUCUACAUCCUCCUUUACAGCCACAGUUCAUAUGCAUCAUAGCACCUUCUGUCAGUGUCUAUGUUUCUACCCCAUAUAACAACACAGGUAAAACAUUGUCACACAACAUUCUAACUUUGAUAUUCAACCCCAGAUCUCAACUUUGAAACUGAUCUCAAAGAUCUUUGUUCUCUACUUUUGGAGAGUGCAGCCAUCAUCAAGCAAACACACUUCUGUUCCAUUCAAUUCAACAUUUUAUCUCCUGUCAUUGUUUCUUUUUAAGUUGAAGGUUUUUUCGAUAUUGUUUUUUAUUUAUUUAUUUGUGGAUGCAAUUAAUAAUACAGCCUUUUCAAGUUAUCAGUGAUGAUAUUGUAAAAUGUCUUUUUUGAUAAUGUUAUUAAACUAAUCUAGAUUCUAAGUUUAUAGUUUUUAUAUAUUUUGGACUCAAGAUUGAACAAAACUUAUGAAGUGAUAAACAUAACCUUCUUUGGACUGUUUCUAUCAAAAUUUGGGAAAAGAACAGUUUCGGACUUCAAGUCUGUUGCUCUUUUUCCAAUAUUUAUAUUUAGUAAGGAAUGAUAUUGUAUCUACGAAUGUAUAAAUAAAUGAAAUUGUUCAUUCAUAGUGGAUCCAAGGUAGACAUAGCUCUACACUCUUUCUUUAACACCACAUUCCAGUCUUAUUUGCCCCUCACAAUAUUGUUUUCACUGAUAAUUAUCAAGUAUUUGGUUUAACAAGUCCAUAUGUUUUACUGCUUUCCACAAUACUUUCCAUAAUGCUCUUCAGAUCUUGCAUAUUAUCAUAGAGAAAAGAUAGCGCCAGUAGAUAUCCCAUUGUAUAGGUUGUUUAUGUUCCAAAUUUCAAGCCAAUUACUGUUGAUUACUGUCUAAUAUUAGUGUAUGGUUGGGGGUGUAAGAACGGCUCAGUAUGAGAGACUACCAGCGUCACAUAGCUUCACCAAUAACAACUACUAGGACUAUCGGCUUCAGUUAACACUCACAUUUGCAACAUAGACGCCCCAUACCAUGGCAUAUCACCACACAAUGAUACAGUAUCACCACAAUAUGAUACAGUAUCAACACAAUAUGAUACAGUAUCAACACAAUAUGAUACAGUAUCAUCUCAACUUGAUACACAACACCAUAUAAUUUGCAAACUUUGAAUGAGUUCUACAAAGCAUGUGAUUAUUAUUAUUAUUAUGGUGAUAUUGCAAUUGUUUGCAAUGCUCAUGUUUGUUUUGCUCAUGCUAUUGUUUCUCUAUGAUAUUAUCAGUAUAUAUCACUGUAGCAUCAGCAUACCGAAUGUUAUUCAAACUGUCCCAUUGCAAGAAAGAAAUGUACAUAUUCAAAUAUUUUGAUAUCUGUUUAACUUUAGUUUAAUUAAAGGUCCAUUAUUUCACAAGUGUUGUUCCUAUGUAGUUAAAAAUUGAAUGAAUCAACUCAACUGUUUUCUUCAUGUGCCUCAAUUUGUUAGAAUUAUAUUAUUGUGUAACUUUUCAACUUUAUUCUCUAUUUCAUCUGAAACUCUGAAGCAUCAUUGAUUGUAUUUCUAUGGCAAAUAAAUUGAAUAUGAAUAUUUUUUACU